AUGGCAAUGAAGGUUGAAUCCGUUGAUCAAAAUAAUGGAAUUAAGGUAGAAGGCGACCUUGGCGAUUUGGAUAUUAUUGAGGAAUCCAGUGAAGAUGAAGUGGACAUUGUCAAGGGUGCCAAGAAUGUGGGUGGCUUGACCGGAAUACCCGCGGGCUUAGUUAGGACGUCUGACUCUGAGCAUAUUCAGUUUGGAAAUAAUACGUAUUUUAAUGGUCCCGUAACUAUUAAGCAGGUUAUACAAUCAGCGAAUGGUAUUGAUAAUGUUUCCUAUGUAAAUGGGGAUGACGAAAAUGAGACAAAACAAUACGAUGUGGCUGAGGACAAGUGCAAAAAAUCAACUCUAAAACUGUGGCACAAAGUGACAGCACUUGGAGUGAUGGUCCUAGCAGGCCUCUGUGUAACCUUUAUAGUUGUUCAGCAGGACAGUUCAAGUAACUCUUUACCAUCAAAGACACCAGCCGCUGAGACUGAAUUACCUACAUAUCAUGUUCUGGUGGUGGAAUCGAGCUAUGGAAAUUGGCUAUUGGUGUUGGUGUCCAUUAUAUUAGUUCCUAUAACACUACUCCUAAUGCAUUAUUAUUCAGUACUAAUUAAUGGCACGGUCAUGAUAAGUAAUAAUGGUCAGAUUGAGAGUAGCAAUAAAGUGGGCAAUCAAGUGGUGAAACAAGAUCAUUUGAGGAUGGUUGAAAGAAAUGAUUGGCUCGCUCAGCCUAUAGUGGCUCCCCUUGAUCCUCUUGUGUUGCCAGCAGCAUGGGUGAUUAUUACUCAUACGGCAUCUGAAAGCUGCUACUCUCAGAGCGAAUGUGUCUACCGCGUACGUAUAAUACAAUCAUUUCACAUCGAGUCGAAGCACUGGUAUGAUAUUGGAUACAACUUCUUGAUUGGUGGCGACGGCGCUGUAUAUGUGGGACGCGGGUGGGAUUUUAUCGGAGCACAUACAAAAGGGUAUAAUAAGUAUAGCAUAGGAAUCGGCUUAAUAGGCACUUUUACUGUCGAGUCGCCUACAAAGUAUCAACUUGACGCGUGUAAAAAGCUCCUAGCCCUUGGCGUUGAAAAUGGCAAGAUUGCUAAAGACUACAAGUUAUUCCCGCACAGUGCAUUUAUGUCCACCUUGAGUCCAGGGAAAACUGUCACAGAUGUUAUUAGCAAAUGGCCGCACUAUGUUAAUGAAUCAGAAUAUAAAGAUAUAUCGGAAAUGCUUCCAAAUUACUGAAAAAAAUAUUAUUUUUCUCUCAGUACUAUAGGUCACGUUAUACCAAAUGAUUAAGUUCGAAAGGUAACUUACGGAAUUAUGCGUUCUUUGUAAUGUAUUGUCUUUAAAAACGUUACAACCGCGUUGGUCAAUGUAUGGAAUUCAAUCUGUAUAAGGUGUGCACGCGUAUAGCGUCGCAGCCGUGGAAUGCAAAAUUACAUCCAUUGAAUGCAACGGGUUUUGCUUGUAUUAGUCUAGCGACACACCACGCAAAAAGUAUUUUUUAAUGAACUGCGUUGCAUUACAUUGACGGUGAGUCUUAGAUGUAUCUUUUUGCUAGUGAGUAGCUACACUAAAUUUUUUUUAUGUUUAUACAUGUUGCAUGUUGUAGUGUCUACGUUUUGAC